AUGGAGACCAAACGGGUUCUCAUUUCUGGCGCCGGCAUUGCAGGUCCAGUUUUGGCUUACUGGCUGACAAAACAUAACAUCAAGGCCACGAUAAUCGAACGUGCACCGUCUCUUCGCAACACAGGGCAAUCCGUCGAAGUCGCAGGCCCCUCUCUCAAAAUCAUUCAGAAGAUGGGGCUAGAAGCAAAAAUCAAAGAGCUGGGUACCCAUGAAGCAGGUCUCUCAUUUGUAGAUGAGCAAGAUCACGCCUAUGCCAAAUUGCCUAUCGUAGAGAAGGGCGUCACGUUUACAAGCGAGUAUGAGAUUCUGAGAGGCUUCAUGAUUGGGAUUUUCUAUGAGGAAACGAGGGCGGAGACGGAAUAUGUGUUUGGAGAUUACAUCACGAGUGUGGAGGACGAUGGAAGUAAAGUUACCGUGGGGUUCAACAAGGGAGAGACGAGAGACUUCGAUGUCCUCGUGAUCGCUGACGGAACCAACUCCUCGACCCGCACUCUGGUUUUUCCACCUGCCCCGAUUGUCAGUGUUGGUGGCUACUGCUGUGCCUUUUUCUCGAUACCGUGGAUGGAGAGAGACGCUGAUUGGGGCCGUUUCUACAUCAAACCGGGACAUCAGAUUUUGCUUCGUCCACAUGGUCCCUCGGGGACAGCUGCUUAUUUGGGUGUAUAUGGCAAUGACGCGAAAGGUCUGAUGGAACUUCCUGUCAAGGCACGAAAAGAGCGCUUACAUCAGAUUUUCGCGAGCGCGGGAUGGGAAGCACCCAGAGUGCUGGCGGGUAUGGAAAUAGCAGAUGAUUUCUACAUGACCGAACUCACGCAGGUCAAGAUGAAGAAGUUUCAUCAGGGACGAGUGGCGCUGUUGGGCGACUCGGCGUGGUGUCCCAGCCCCUGGUCUGGACAGGGAACGACGCUUUCCGUGGUUGGGGCUUAUGUUCUUGCUGGUGAGCUGGCUACGCAUAAGAGUGUGGAAGAAGCUCUUCAGUCUUAUAAGGCGCGCAUGUUACCUUAUGUAGAGAAGUGCCAGAGCCUACCACCAGGUAUUCCGGGGCUAGCUCUACCGGAAACGGCGUGGGGUGUUUGGUGUUUUCGGACUUUUAUGUGGUUUAUUAUCAAGACUGGCAUUCUGGGACUUAUUGGGACAAUAUUUGCGUUUUUCGAUAUCGGACAGAUCAAGUUUGAUGUUCCAGAUUAUGGCCUGUAG